CACUUCUUCACAAGUUGCAAAUGAUGAUUCUUGUGAAGAUAAUGAUUCAGAUCAAGAAGACGAUCAAACGAUUCCAGGUGACGAAUUAAUGCUAUUGGGAAAUGAUCUCAGAGAGCAUGAAGAACAACAGGCAUCUUCUUCCACAUCCAUGACAACUACAACUCCGCCUUCUUCACUUAUGCAUUCAUUCUUUGCUCAUUUGAUGCAUUCUACAACGCUUACUCGCACACAGUAUAAAAGACUUGCACAAAAUAAUAUGUCGUCUACAUCAUUCGAUGAGUCAGCGGCACUAAUGUCACUGAUACAUGAACGACGUACACCGCGUUCUGCGAUGUCUCAACCCAUCACCGACCGCGUGUGUGUAGUUUGUCAUGGAGAAGCUCGUCAAUGUCUUCUUAAACCGUGUGGUUGUUUUGCGCUCUGCAAUGAGUGCCGUGAGAUGAUGGCUCAACGCAAAUUUAA